CAGGGGUUUUUUGGGCCGCGAGUUAUCUGUUCCCUCCAAUUUCUCUUCUCUCGUUUGAGUCUCAGCUGACUCAAAGGGAUAGCGAAAGAUUAGGACUGAAAGCAGCCAGGGUUUUGGGUUUGGAGAGAACUGGGUUGGAGUUUCAGGUGGAAGAGAAAGAAAGAAUAUCCUUUACCGAAUGGAGACGUCUCUGAGAUACAGCGGAGGCUCGAAAAGAACCCUGAGAGAAGAAUCCCUGAGGAUUCAUGCCAAGCAGAAGCUCUUCUUUGAUCCUAAAACGCAGUUGCAGUUUCAUGGAGAACUAGAUACGAGGAUUGGAGCGCCAAGCCAUGUCAGUGCAAUUUUAAGGCACUUCCUCCCUGACUUGGGUGCUAGCUUGGGUGCGGGAGUGCAGUAUGACAAGCAAGAAAAGCUUCUGUACAGCUUACGUGGUAAGAAGGCUUUCCCCAUCACCAGUGACGGCAUGUUCAGCUUCAAUGUCAAGGGUCGGUACCAUCUUGACAAGGAUUUGAAGGAGAGGAAACCAACAGCAGCAACUGAGCUCUCCUGCAGCAUAUUCAAUUUUCAGAAAGAUCAAGAUGUGAGGAUCAAAGUUGGAUAUGAGGUCAUUGACAAGUUGCCAUAUCUGCAGAUUAGAGAGAACAAUUGGACCUUCAACGCUGACUUGAAGGGGAGAUGGAACGUGAGAUACGAUCUAUGAGGUAAAGAAAAGCUUUUUGUUUGUUUUCUGUUACUUUCACAUUUGUGUGGAAGCUCAAUUUCCACAUGAUAUGAAAUUGCAGGCAAAGGCAAAGGCAAGACCAACCCUGCUGUUACCAUGUUUUAGAAGUCAAGGUUCAUGAUUCUUCCUUAUCCCUUCGGCCUAGUGGCCAAACAAUGAUGGGGUAAUGAUUUUACCAUAAGACUCUGCAAUAUUGAUUGAAUUCUGUAGUGUUACUCUUUUCACCCAAGUCUGAGUAGUUGAAAAGUAGCUUUUCCCCCCUCAUUGCUUCACUAGUAUUACUGAGUAAAAGAUCAAAGCCAAGAACAAAAUUCGAACCUUACCGAACUAGGAUACUAUAAAAGCGACUUUUCCGCCAUUAAAUGGACAACCCUGUUUCUUUCCUGAAUAAACAUCACUUGAAAGUUAGAGCCCAUCAAUUUCAGCCGAGAUGGCACUACAGUGAGCAUCUGAUGCUGUUGCUGCCCCUCCUAAAUUUUAUCCAAGACUACUUUCACAUCGCUAUCACCACCUGCAACCUUGCUGAAUACAUCAAUGGAUGGCAUCCUGGAUGGCGAGAAGCUCCGCGACAAACGGAUCAUCAAUUUUCGCUUACGUGCAGGCAGCAGCCGCCACCAUAACCUCCCCUGUUCGAUGAAGCUCAUCAAGGUGAUGCGAGUGGUACAUUUCGUGUCGAAAGUGACAAGGUGGUGGGCUAGGCUGCCUCCUUCGUCCUGAUCCAAACCAGCCGACCAAAGUUAAAAGAGUGAGUGACAAUAUAACAACAUAUGCCUAAAAUGGUAUCCUUGGCCAGCCAUUCAGUCGCAAAAUGGGAACAAAACUCUGCCGAUGAGGGUUGGUCCCAGGCCUUCUACGUGGCUCCAUCCCAACUCCUCCAGCUGACAGAUUUCGGAAGAUUGUGUGCGCUGCUGCUUUCUACGGAUUUGGUUGCGAUUAAGGAUUAACAGAAUCUUUGAUCUUGGUGGGCAAAGAUUGGCUGACUGUGACUGGACCGCAUUAUCCCGCUGAAAUCAGCCCAAUUGCCCGCUUUCCGCCGGGCACUUUCUGACUUUCAGCAGCUUAAUCAGAUAUUUCCCCACCAGCUGAUCACUACCUAAUUAAUCCUAAAUAUCUUGGUUUAACGGUUUCUUAAGUUCCUUGAAUCGAGAUUAGAAAAAGGGAUGGUGGGAAUUUGGGGAAUCCCAGUACUGUGAAGAACUGACGAUGGUAGGAAGGAUGGCUCCUUUUGACCCAAGUUGCAGUCUAGUCUACCAGUUUUAUACUUUUAUUCCUUCCUUCUGAACUCACAUGGUGGGAAAGACUGACUAACUAGUGGGGGGAUCAAAAGGUCGAGAUAUUAUUCCUGUCUACCUCAUUCUCCCCAUGGAAAACAAUGUUUGAUCGCUUGCUUCUAGACUGAUUGAGCGAUCCCAGAGUAAUGAAAGAGCAAAAUCCGA